AAGGGUUGUAUUUUGAUGCAGUGUUUUCUGAUUCAGUACAUUUACUUCUGUUUUAAGGUGGACAGUAGCAAGGAAUCUGCAGAAGCAGCUUGUGAUAUUUUAUCGCAGCUUGUGAAUUGCUCUCUGAAAACUCUUGGACUAAUUUCAACUGCCCGGCCAAGCUUCAUGGAUUUACCAAAGUCUCACUUUAUUUCUGCACUGACAGUGGUGUUCGUAAACUCCAAGUCACUCUCUUCACUUAAGAUCGAUGAUACACCAGUAGAUGAUCCGUCUCUCAAAGUGCUAGUGGCUAACAACAGUGACACGCUCAAACUCUUGAAAAUGAGUAGUUGUCCUCAUGUGUCUCCAGCUGGAAUCCUUUGUGUGGCUGAUCAGUGUCAUGGUUUACGUGAGUUGGCGCUCAACUACCAUCUGCUGAGCGAUGAGCUGCUGCUCGCCUUGUCUUCUGAAAAACAUGUCAGAUUAGAACACUUGCGCAUCGAUGUUGUCAGUGAAAAUCCUGGACAGACUCAGUUCCACACAAUUCAGAAGAGCAGCUGGGACGCUUUCAUCAAGCAUUCUCCUAAAGUGAACUUAGUCAUGUAUUUUUUCUUGUAUGAAGAAGAGUUUGACCCAUUCUUUCGCUAUGAAAUACCUGUCACUCACCUUUACUUUGGAAGAUCGGUAAGCAAAGAUGUACUUGGCCGCGUUGGGAUGACGUGUCCUCGGUUGGUUGAAUUGGUCGUGUGCGCCAAUGGAUUACGGCCACUGGAUGAGGAGUUGAUCCGUAUCGCAGAGCGGUGCAAGUAUUUGUCAGCUGUUGGCCUAGGAGAGUGUGAAGUCUCUUGCAGUGCCUUUGUUGAGUUUGUGAAGAUGUGUGGCGGCCGUCUCUCACAGCUUUCUAUUAUGGAGGAAGUUCUGAUUCCUGACCAGAAAUACAGCUUAGAGCAGAUCCACUGGGAAGUUUCAAAACAUCUCGGUAGAGUCUGGUUCCCAGACAUGAUGCCUACGUGGUAACAUCCUGAAAAGAAUUCAGGGCAGAUGGAAUAGCACCUUAUGCUUACCGUCUUGUAAUUUAUUGUAUAAGCUUAAUUGAUACUGUAGUUUAUUAUUGUAAGUCACUGCAGCGUUUGAUAGGAUUUCAUUCAGAAACAAUUUGUGAAAUUCAAAUAAUUUAAAAUAGAAAUCAUAAAUAUCUCUAAAACCUUUCUGCAUCCAAUGAUGGAUUAGAUAUGUUCUUUUUAAUUGAUAAAUUGGGAGUUUUUUAAUUUCUAUUAAAAAACAUUGAAAUGUAACUGUAAAAUAACUUCAAUAUCCUGAACUUCUUUGAUUUAAAUACUAAUACUGAACACAAUUGGAUUUGUUAUUAAAAGCCAAAAAAAAAAAAACCCACAAGUUUCAUGCUCUGUUGCAGACUAUAGCAUGAUUAAGUCCAGUCACCCAGGUGACAGGGUUAAGAAUAUAUGGAGAAUUUAGUAGGCUGUGAAAUGUAUACAUUGUUUAUAUUAAGUGGUAAAAAGCAAGAUCAAUAUAUAACAAUAUAGGUUAGAAAAUUAAAAUACUGAAUUUAUCUUAUUCAGUUUAUUAGAUCAAUCUGAAGUAUAUUUAGAGUGCAAACAAAUAGUAAUGAGAGCUACCAGAAGCGGUUUGCUUUUCUUCUUUCUCUAGGUAUCUUAGUUUGCUUAUGGGGUCUCAGAUUCAUGUCCAAACCUGUUUUAAGGUAUUUUAUGUCUAGCUCAGGAAGCGCAAGCAUUCUGGGAAAAAUUGUAGAUACGUUGUAUUUAAAUAGGCAUUGGAGUUAAUGAGCUUUUCUUGCACAUUAACCAGUUUUGCAGCAUAUUGUUAGACAGAGUAAUGUACAGCUUAUUAAAUGUACCCUGUGGUACUCAGUGGGACAACACGGAUGUGAACAGUGCGAGGUGAGAUAAAAUAGGAUUGGUGACCGAGGACCUUUGAACAACACAGCAGACAUUGUUGGCUGCUUUCAGUUUGAGGGAAAAAUGAUAUUGUAAUGGUUGCUUAUGCUGUAUAACUAAUUGUACACUGUAAAUCAGUUUCAAAAAUGUUUAUGUAUAAAGUAAAUGUUUGAUAGAUGAUCAUUUUGUAUAACUUUUAAUUCAACUGGUUCAAUCAUUUCGUAUUUUAAAAUCUCAAAGCAGUAAACUUACGUGAAGUAGAGCAGUAGAGGAAAACAUUUUGAUUAUUUGGUAAAAUCAUUUUUUUAGAGAAAAUUCUAGUGUAGGCAACAUAUUGCCUGUGAUCUGGAUGUGUCUUGUGACUUCACUUCCUACUGCCAACAGUUGGGUUACUUUCUAUUCUACUGAUGGAUAACACUAAACUGUUAAUGUGACAGAUGAAUGUUUGCAAGGUGUGAUUGGCCACCUGCAAGGCAGAGCUUCUCCAGUCUGGGGCUGUACUGAGCUCCGCUGGUGGCUGCUUCUCGUUUGAGCUGUACAUGUACUGGUAAUGAGUAGGUUUUCACUUCUGGUUUCAGUAAUGUUUUAUCCAAAUGUAUAGUUCAAUGGUAAUAUACUUAUGAGCAUAUUUAGUUCAUAAUGAUAUUUUGAGCAAGCAUUGCUCAGUGGACUGGACGUCUUUAUAGGGAGUUGUAUGUUUCUGUAGAGCUUUGUCAUUUAAAAAUCACAUUUUAUGAAGUACACUUUUUUGUAUUAGAAUUUGUUAAUGUACUGCUAUAAUUUGCUUUUAUUUGUAUAAAAGGUGUCAAUAUAUCUAGAUCAUUGAAGUAAAAAAGUUCAGUGUUUUUUAUAUUUUCACUCUCAGAAUGACUUGUGUGAUAAAAAUGGAGUAACACUAACAGGCUGGGGAAGAGGGAAUGUUAUCACUAAGUCAGCAUGUGAUAUCUUCUGCUAAUGCAACUCUUAGGACCUUGACUGUGUUCUCAUACAGGCAAGGUAAGCAAUACGUGGUCUGUCACUCACUGCUGUGGUAGUGCAAUGACAGAAAGACAGGACAGAUAGGCCAAAUACAUUCAUCUCCUCUCUCCAGGAAUUCCCAUCUUUUAAUUCCAGCCCUCUGCUUCUCACAGACAGAAAUCUGAAAUGGAGAAUGUGGCAGGAAGGCUUUAUGCUUAGUUGUAAUUCAGCUGCUCUCCCCAUCAAGGGUGCCCUUUUCUGAGAAGGUCUCUAUUCUGUUGCAUAACUUCCAAACAGUUCUGUGUAUAGAUAGAGAUGUAUAGAUGUGACACUCAGUUCAAGAAGAAAAGUGGUUGUUUCCCCUUUCAUUGAAGUCUGCACUUUUUACAUCACACCAGUUAGUGUUCUCAGCUCAACUAAACGGCUCUGACUUCCCAGGCAAGUCUACAUUGUAAAUACCUUUAAGAAAAGCUGCAGUAGUGCCCUUAUAAGCAAAUCUCGUACUAUUCUUUGUCUUCAACACAUGGUGGAACAAACAAACAGUAGAAUCCAUGGUGUAAGCUGUAACAGGAGUACCACAGACUGUCACAAAGAUCAUGUGGGGUUGUCAAAAUAAAUGCUGCUGCUGAAUCUAAAACUGGAGCAUUGUGUUAAUGAGGAUUUUUUUAAAGGGACUCAGAACUUCAAUGUUU